GACUUCUUAUUGGCUAAGGGACAAGCUGCAGUAAGCAGACUUUCUGUGAAGUUUAGAGAAAAUUAUCUGUGCCUUUAAUCAGAAAAAAUACAAGACUUAGUUGGAGUCCAUCAAGCCUAGACAUUCUUGUAGACUUCCAGGCUUGUUUGACUGGGUGAUAUAUUUGAUCUAUAGCAGAGGGAAAUAGCAGCAUAUUGGGUACAAAAUUAUUAGAAUGGGCAUGAUGACACUUUUUGGUCUCUGCUCCACCAUGGGGCUCUGGUCCAGAAUAUCUGCUGGACCUGCCAGCUCUGUCAUGAUAUUAUUUCUAGUUAAACAGGCCAAAGCAUCUCUGCUGGAAAAAACAACUACCGGAUGGAACAAAUAUAAACAAGAAUGCUUGAAAAUGCUACAGGAAUCAACUGUAGAUGCUGGAAUACAUUGCAAUGGAACAUUUGAUCAGUUUGUUUGCUGGCCUUACUCACCCCCGGGAAAUGUCUCUGUUCCCUGUCCUUCCUAUUUGCCAUGGUUGGAAAAUGGAAGUGCAGGAAAUGUAUACAGAGUCUGCUUGGAUGAAGGAAUUUGGCAAACAAAGGAAAACUCCACAGACAUUUGGCGUGAUAGUUCAGAAUGUUCUGAGGAAACUCAUUUCAGAAAAAAAGAAGAAGAACAUCAAUUACUUACUACACUACAGCUGUUGUACACUAUAGGAUAUUAUUUUUCUCUCAUCUCACUUGUAUUAGCUCUCCUUAUACUUUCUUUGCUCAGAAAACUUCACUGCACAAGAAACUACAUCCAUAUGAAUUUAUUUGUGUCUUUUAUCUUGCGUGCCACAGCAGUUCUUAUAAAAGACACUGUACUUUACAAUAUUUACUCCAAAAGACCAAAUGAUGAAACUGGAUGGAUAUUAUACCUCAGUCCUGAGAUUUUAAUAAUUUGCAGGACUGCCCAGUUUUUCAUGCAUUACUUUGCUGGGGCAAAUUAUUUUUGGCUAUUGGUAGAAGGAACUUAUCUCCAUACAUUAUUGAUUACUGCUGUACUCUCCGAAAGGCGACUGCUACAGACAUAUAUUGUGAUAGGAUGGGUUGUUCCUAUUCUGUUUGUGGGCCCGUGGGGAAUAAGCAGAUCAAAAUUGGAGAACACGGGGUGCUGGGGAACAAAUGAGCACAUGGGAAUCUGGUGGAUCAUCCGAGGACCUAUGUUGUUUUCCAUUACAGUUAAUUUUGGCAUCUUCUUAAAAAUUCUAAGGAUGCUGAUUUCCAAACUGAAAGCCCAGCAGAUGAGCUUUCAUGACUACAAAUACAGAUUGGCAAGAUCUACACUUGUUCUGAUUCCAUUGUUGGGGAUUCAUGAAUUUAUAUUUACCUUCAUCACUGAUGAACAGGUGCAAGGACUUUCAAGACAUAUCAGACUUUUCAUUCAGCUGACAAUGAGCUCAUUUCAUGGUUUUUUUGUAGCAGUUUUAUAUUGCUUUGCCAAUGGAGAGGUGAAAGCAGAACUCCAGAAACAGUGGUCCCGCUUCCUGCUGGCAGACCCCUUUGGUUGUAAACUCUGCUUUCUUGGAGAAAACAUAAAAUACCUCAGGAAAUGUUCACAGAAACAGAAAAAAAAGCACCCCAACAGCAAACACUUGUGCUUGGAGGAGAGUAAGCCCUGGGGCAUGCAGCUCCAGCAGGUUCUGGCAAACCAGAGGACAGAUCAAUGCUCAGAGCCAGGCUGUAGGCUUCCAUCUCAUCUGCGGGCAAGUGUGUCAGACAGCAGUGAAGGAGAAGUCACCACUGGAGAGACAACUGAGGAAGUGGUCUUUGAAGAAAGUGAGAUUUAGAAAGCAGUCCACUGACAGCACCUAUCAACAGCCAUGGUAUUUUGAAAGAGCCUCUUCUUUCAUCUCCAGGCUGUACAGUCCUUCUGACAUGCUUAAUGCAAAGAGAAAGCAGACGUAUUACUUGCUAGCAGUUAAUACCCCAAAUGUCCCUGUUUUCUUAAUCUGAGAAAAAUCUGAAUGUUCCUAACCUGUGCAGCCAGGGUAGAAGAGGCUCAUUGGAUCAAACAAAUCCUUUGGGUCUACCAGUCUAGAUGAUAAAUGAUGAUAAGAGACAUGUACACAGGGGAGCAAGAUAUAUGCUGAAAAUGAACAGAUUCUGGUCAUUGUGUCCCCUAUCAGCUUCAUCCAUACAUGUCCACCAUUCUAUUCACAUAAUAGAGAAGUCGUUAGUUAUUUGUUUCUCUCUCUCUCUCUCUCUCUCUCUUUUUUUUUUUUUUUUAGCUGUAUAUUUCAUAGAGAUACUUGAUUAGAAGACUUUUUCUCUCUGCCAACUGAAAUCAUUCCCCAUCUCAAAAAAUCAGUUUCAGGUCAACCCAGAUACGUUUUAUUUAAGCAACAUGGAAUAAUUUAUAUAUAAAGAAAGCUCAGGAUGAAACAAACUUUUGCUUGUAUGUUUAAACUUCUUACCUUACAGUUAGUGCUGGAAAAGCCAUUAUGAAAUGAAAGACCAAAAAGGUUUUGUUCUUUUUUUUUAAAUGCCCAAAUGAAACAUUUUGACACACAUUUUUGUUUUAUUUUUGUUUUCGCUGUUUUAUGACACAAGCCACGCACUGUGAUGCAUUUUCAGGUUUGCUCUACCUGUCCUGCAGAUAUCCUUUAUGAUUUGGCCCAAAUAAUGACAUUUAUGUCAUUGGGGGAAAUGGGCUGCUUCCAACUUCUUCCUGAAGUACCCAAAAUGGAUAAUGGAUAAUGAAAAAAUUUUGAUUAUUACAUAUAGCUCACCUGGAGACCUGAAUAAUUCAGUUUUUUUAACAUUCAAUCAGUCUGCAAGUCUUUCAGUAUGUCAAGCCACUUGACAUACUGAAAGAAGAAAAGGAAAAGGCAAAAUAAAGAUCAGCAGACAAUAUUUACCUACAAUAUAAAUGCAUACCCCAGGCACAAACACAUGUAAUUACCUAGCUCACAUCUAGUUACAUAGCAUUUGUUAUGAUUAUUUCCUGUGCUUUACUGGCAAACGCUCUAAGUGCUAGCAUAUGUCAUAAAAACAGAUGAUCUUUUACAGUCUUAAUGAUUCUAUGAUUAUACGAAAACAUCAAAUAUCACCUAAAAAUUUUUCAGGGCUGCUCAUGGACUCCAUUCUCCCACCACUCCUUCUUUCCACCAGGUGCCAACAAUGUAGCUGCCCUAGCUUUCCCUGUGUCUGCAUCUCCCCAUGGUGCAGCUUUGUCCUUAGAUCUCCACUGACAGCUUUACAAAUGGCAUUUUUCUGAGAUAAGCUGCCUAUGACUUUGAUGUGUUGUUUGAGCAGACUCAGUUUAUGAAGCUUAUGUAACUUAGUAAUGCUUUUUGAAGUAUUUGUCAGUCUGCAGGUGUUCAGACCUGUAAAUAUUACCAGCUGUGACAUACUACUUUCUUGCAGAGACCAUAUAAAUUCAUUGACUAACACUAGAUCAAGACUAUGUUUUAACAAAAAUAUUUCUGGUACUUUUAGAAAAGCAUUUCUUUUACAUUUUUAUCAGUGUUAAGAAUGUAGCCUCUUUAAUCAAUACAAGGCUGUAUGUUUAGAUAAAAUAUUAAUUAAAAGUAAAUAUUAAAACGUU